AUGGAUUUAGAUACUCAAUUGGUACCGUCCAGGUCUGGUGUUUCACAAGUCCUAAACAGAUUCACUUAUGUAUCAACUAUAUCACAUCUUCGAAGAUGUAAUGCUCCAAUUGGACGCGAAGGAAAGUUCACGAAACCGCGUCAACUUCAUAAUACACAUUGGGGUUACAUAUGCCCUGCUGAAACUCCUGAGGGACAAGCCUGCGGUCUAAUGAAAAAUCUAGCGCUAAUGUCAUACGUCUCAGUGUCUAUUCCAUCUGAUAUUUUAAAUGAAUUUAUUAACAGUUGCGGAAUCUGUCAAAACAUUAAUGAAACACCGUUUGAUAACAUUGUUAAAUUCACAAAAGUUUUUGUCAAUGGAAAUUUGACCUGUAUUACCGAUAGACCUUUGGAUUUAAUAAAAUCUAUUCCGGAGAUUAAGGGAAAUUCUCUUCCGGCCGAUAUUGGAAUUGUUAACGAUAUACUUGUGAAUGAAGUAAGAUUCUACAGUGAUUCAGGAAGAAUGUGUAGACCAUUAUUUGUCGUCGAAGAUCAGCAUUUAGUUUUGACUUCAGAUACUUUAUCAAAAUUAAAACUGGAGAUAGCACAGGAGGCAAACCAAAGUUUAUGGGAGGCAUUAGUAUUAGAGCGUUACAUCGAAUAUAUUGAUGCUGAAGAGGAAGAAUCUACCAUGAUAUGUAUCUCUCCGGAUGAAUUAUAUGAGUCGAGAUUGUAUAAUUUACGUAAACUUGAAGGUUUAAGACCAAGAAGGAAAAGACGAUCGGUCCAUGAACGUCUAAUUAAUUUACCAACUUAUCCAAAUAAGUGGACUCAUUGUGAAAUUCAUCCAAGUAUGAUUUUGGGUGUUUCCGCCAGUCUAAUUCCAUUUUCUGAUCAUAAUCAAUCUCCUCGAAAUACCUAUCAAUCCGCUAUGAGUAAGCAAGCAAUGGGGAUUUACGCGACUAAUUUUCGAUUACGAAUGGAUGUAUUGGCCAAUUUGUUGUAUUAUCCUCAGAAACCUCUUGUAACCACAAAAGUUAUGGAAUAUCUUCAAUUCAGAGAAUUACCUGCUGGGAUCAAUGUUAUCGUAGCUAUUAUGUGUUAUGGAGGGUACAAUCAAGAAGAUUCUUUGAUUAUAAACCAAAGUAGUGUUGACAGGGGAUUGUUUAGAAGCUUUUCUUAUCGACGUUACCUUGAUCAAGAAAAAAAAGUGGGCGUUUUGAACAUGGAAGAUAUAACCAAGCCAAAUCCUUAUACGACCCUUGGAUUAAAACGUGGAAAUUAUGAGAAACUUGAUGACGAUGGGAUCGUACCUUGUGGGGUUCGAGUUUGUGGAAAUGAUAUUCUUAUAGGAAAGGUGUCCACACUUUCACCUGAAGAUGAAUUGCUUGGCCAACGAAAAGAAUCUCAUGUGUAUCGAGAUGUUUCUACGCCAUUAAGAUCUACUGAACAUGGAAUCGUUGAUCAAGUAAUUGUUACCACAAACCAAGACGGAGCUAAAUUGGUGAAAGUUGGAGUUAGAAAUACGCGAAUUCCUGAAAUUGGAGAUAAAUUCGCAAGUCGUCAUGGUCAAAAAGGAACCAUUGGAAUCAAUUAUCGUCAAGAGGAUAUGCCAUUCACUGCUGACGGAAUUACACCAGAUAUUAUCAUAAAUCCACAUGCUAUUCCUAGCCGUAUGACGAUCGGACAUUUAAUUGAAUGUUUAAUGGGAAAGCUUUCAGUGUUUUCGGGUAGUGAAGGUGAUGCUACAGCUUUUUCUGAAGUUACCGUAGAAUCCAUUUCGCGAAAACUUGGUUCUUUUGGAUUCCACCGUCGUGGAUUGGAAGUUAUGUAUAAUGGUCAUACUGGACGUAAAUUAGCCGCACAAAUUUUCAUUGGACCGACUUAUUAUCAACGGUUAAAACAUAUGGUCCAAGAUAAAAUUCAUUCACGCGGAAGGGGUCCAGUUAAUAUAUUAACUAGGCAACCAGUUGAGGGGCGUAGUCGUGAAGGAGGAUUAAGAUUUGGUGAAAUGGAACGAGAUUGUAUGAUUUCUCACGGGACAGCCUUAUUUUUGAAGGAACGACUUAAUGAUGUCGCAGAUGCUUAUAGAAUUCAUUUGGUACCUUUACGUAAAGCGAAGACAGUUCGUGCCAUAAAU